UUGCCCUUAAUAAGUAGUAAUGGAUGCCGAGUGUCAUUUGUUGAAAUUCAAAUUGAAUUUGUUUAUAAACAUUACCUUACUUUUGAAAGUUGAAAGAUAACAUGGUUUCAUUGCGGAAGUACAAGAAGCUCCUUAAUUACAGUGGAGCUGCUGUUGUAUUUAUAGGCAGAAGCGGAUGGAUAACGUAUCAUAUAUACACAACCCGAUUAAAGCAUGCUUUUGGGACUACUCUCCUGAGGCCCCAUAAAACGAAACCAGAGUAUAUUUAUAUUACUGAUCCGAAGUUGAAAGAUGAUAUAAACUUGUUUGCUAGCAAAUGUAGUGAAAAAGAUGUAGAUCAGAUACUACCUUGGAAAUGGCUGGAAUCAUGGAGACAAUCACUUGCCUGGCGGUUACUCUCUGUUGCCAAAACUGGAGAUAAAUAUGAGAGACUAAAAGCAGUCAGAACUCUUGCUUCACUUAAAGAUCUUAAAGAUUCUGAUUUCUGUAACAUAGCUCAGUCAUGUGAUGCACGGACAGCUGUAGGAUUAGCACGAAGUGAUGGAGCUGAUCUGAAAUAUUUUCUGAAAUCAGUUUACGUAAAUUUGUAUCACAACAAGCAGGAUGUAAUUGACAGGUUGAAGCAGUUACUAAUAUCUCUGGACAAUAAAAGUAAUCACCACUGUUUGAGAUACUUGAUGGCAAAGACACUGCCAGAGUAUCAGCGACAGGACAGAAUAUUUGAUCCUGAAAUGUCUUCAAUAGAGCCAUCUCACACGGUGCUUAAAGAUGAUGAGCUAAUUCACAUAUGUGUUCAAAAUUUGUUGCACCAUUCAGCAAUUGAAGAUAAUGCAAAAGAUAUUGUAUUGGAAGGUGCAUUGCCACUGCUUAUUGGAGUUUAUAGGCAUUUCUUGAAUGACAGAGAAGUUGUGAUAGCCCUUGCAAAAUUGCUGUCAAAUAUAUCAUUUUACAAGGAGCACUUGAAUGAUAUUUUUCAGACUGGUUGGAUAGGUAUUCUAGCUCAAUGGUCUAGAGAUCCAGAUAUUCAAAUAUCAUCACCUGCAGUUAAGGCCCUUUACAAUUUGGAUGAAGAGUUUGAAGAUGGCAGAUUUCCUCGCAGUAUAUAUGUUCUUCAUCCUACUGUCCGUACCAUGCAUGUACCAAAAAUUGAUGUUGUAUUUAUCCAUGGUCUCUGGGGAGGGUUGUUUGUUACAUGGAGGCAGAGAGAUACUGAACAGAAGAAACAUAUUUUGAAAGUGGUAGAUCGGAACUCUUCACCAUUAAACUCAAGCCAUAGCAUUAGUGAUGAGAAAACAAGGGCAUUUCUGGAAGAAGUUACCGAACUCAAGCAAGAAGAAUGGAAUGAGAUAGGAAAUGAUUUUGAAGUAGUGAUGGAAGAUUGUCCAUUAAGUACCAAUAUAACUGCAUGUGGGCCAUAUUCUUUCACUGGUGAAAAGUGCCCAGAAUGCCAUGAAGAUAUGUACACACCAUGUUGGCCAAGAGACUGGCUUCCAAAAGAUUGCCCUUACCUGCGGAUAGUUGGUGUUAAUUAUGAUACAACAAUUUCCAGAUGGUCCCCAACAUGUCCUUCAGAAAAAAUAAAGUGUACACUGGACGACAGAAGUGAAGAAAUUAUGCAGAAAUUAAAGCUCGCUGGAGUCGGUCAGCGACCUGUUAUUUGGGUUACUCACUCUAUGGGAGGAUUGCUUGUGAAAAAAAUCCUUGUGAGAGCUUGGGAGAGUGGAGAUAGAAAUAUUUGCUAUAAAACUAAAGGCAUAGCUUUCUACAGUGUGCCACACUUGGGUUCACCACUUGCAGAGCUUACACAAGCCAUGCAGAUUCUACUGUGGCCGUCGGUUGAAGUACAAGAGUUAAGAAAAGAUUCUCCAGAGUUAAAAAGUCUCCAUCAAAAAUUCUUGCAGAUGCUCCCUCAUUUGCAAAUUCAAAUAAUAAGCUUUGCAGAAACAAAAUCUACUCUUGUUUCACCAUUGAGAUUGCAGUUUCAUUUUGUACCUGUUCCAUCUGCAGAUCCUGGAGUGGGUGAAAUAUUUGAAAUACCUCAAGAUCAUUUAUGUAUUUGCAAACCAGCAACACAGCAUUCAUUCCUGUACCAGAAGCUAGUAGAUUUAACUAAGAAAGUCGAACAAACAUAUUGUACCAUCAUGGAUUAUUAGAGAUUACUUGAUUUUCCUUCUUAGGAAAUGGACUAAAACUGAGUUUUCACUGCUGUGAGAUUGUUGGUGUGUUUCACAAGUGGAAAUUGAAAAUAUGUAAGGCUGUGUAAUUUGUCAGACCAAAUAAUUAGUAUAUAAUGUAUAUUAAAAUUUUUCUGUAACUAUGACAUUUCUUCUUAUCUUAUGAAAAAUAUAUAAACGUAUCUAUAUCUA